AUGAUGGAUUUCCCUUUGCCUAUGAAUUGUUUCUCUCUCCCGCUUCUCUCGUCUUUUCAUAAAACCCUUGAUGUUGAGAACUUUAUUUGCUGGCCGGAUCUGGUGGCGGCGGCGGUGGUCUCCGAGUCGGUGGUGGAGAUGACGGACACGACUUGCAGCGCCAUAAUGGAAGAGUUGGGGUUUUCGUUACUGUCUGAGUUUUUGCUGCCAACGAGUGUGAAGGAGUGUAGGGCGCUCUUUAAGGUGGCGGUUCACUGGAAAUUCUGGGCUGAACUACUUGAAGGCCUAGUGGUCACCACCAAAGAUACGCCCCUUCCUAACUUUACCCAGAGAAUACAUCUUCUUUGGGGCGAGAAUGACCAUAUAUUCAAACUGGAACUUGCUAGGGAUACCAAACAACAGCUUGGUGAAAAGACUACACUACAGAGUAUAAAGAAAGCAGGUCAUCUAGUUCACCUGGAAAGACCAUUUGUCUACAAUAGAUGUCUCAAGCAGUUCCUUGCUUCCUUGCAUGCUACAAAUCAUGAAGCUAGAAAAUGA